AUGACAUAUCUCAAUGCUAGAUGUUCACAAUUUCAUGAAAGAUUGAAUCUAAGGUAUUUAGAACAAGAUGGGGAGAAUUUACUCAUCCAUGAUGAUGAUGAUGAUGAUGAUGAUGAUGAUGAUGCUUUGGAUGAUGAUGAUGAUGAUGCUUUGGAUGAUGAUGAUGAUGAUGAUGAUGCUUUGCAUGAUGAUGAUGAUGAUGCUUUGGAUGAUGAUGAUGAUGAUGAUGUUGAUUUGGAUGAUGAUGAUGAUGAUGAUGAUGAUGAUGAUGCUUUGGAUGAUGAUGAUGAUGAUGCUUUGCAUGAUGAUGAUGAUGAUGCUUUGGAUGAUGAUGAUGAUGAUGAUGAUGCUUUGCAUGAUGAUGAUGAUGAUGCUUUGGAUGAUGAUGAUGAUGAUGAUGAUGCUUUGCAUGAUGAUGAUGAUGAUGAUGAUGAUGUUGAUUUGGAUGAUGAUGAUGAUGAUGAUGAUGAUGAUGCUUUGGAUGAUGAUGAUGAUGCUUUGGAUGAUGAUGAUGAUGAUGCUUUGGAUGAUGAUGAUGAUGAUGAUGAUGAUGAUGCUUUGCAUGAUGAUGAUGAUGAUGCUUUGGAUGAUGAUGAUGAUGAUGAUGAUGCUUUGCAUGAUGAUGAUGAUGAUGCUUUGGAUGAUGAUGAUGAUGAUAAAAUGUUUCAUUUGUUAAAGAAUUUACUCACCCAUGAUGAUGAUGAUUUGGAUGAUGAUGAUGAUUCGGAUGAUUAUGAUGCUUUGGAUGAUGAUGAUAUUGAUUUGGAUGAUGAUGAUGAUGAUGAUGCUCAAGAUGACGAUGAUGAUGAUACUUUGGAUGAUGAUGCUUUAGAUGAUGAUGAUGCUUUGGAUGAUGAUGAUGAUGCUCUAGAUGACGAUGAUGAUGAUACUUUAGAUGAUGAUGAUGCUUUGGAUGAUGAUGAUGCUCUGGAUGACGAUGAUGAUGAUACUUUGGAUGAUGAUGAUGAGUGUGAAAUUAUGAAAUUACGAAAGACAAAAGUUUUCAGAAAGUUUAGGCUUGUAUGA